AUGGCCUCUGAGCCAAGAAAUGACACUGUGGACAUGACUCAACUCCUCUGGAACAACUGGUCAGUGUUAACAGAAGGAGGAAAUGUCAUCUCAUUUAAUAGAACAAAUAUUACACACACUUUACAAAGUUCUGACUAUUCAAUAAGUACCGUUAUCAACAAUGUCAUUAUGCUCAUCUGCCUCUGUGGCCUGGUGGGGAAUGGGAUUGUCAUCUGGCUGCUGGGUUUCUGCAUGAAGAGAAAUGCCUAUGGUGUCUACAUCCUCAACUUGGCCAUUGCAGACUUUACUUAUAUCUUAGCUGGUGUUCUUCAGAUUAUAGCUUUGCUUACAAAUUCUAUCAAUUAUCUAUUUAAGUUUGCAAACCUGCUCUCCCUAUCUUCUUACUCAGUGGGACUGAGCCUGCUCAUGGCCAUCAACAUUGAGCGCUGUCUCUCUGUGCUCUGGCCCAUCUGGUACAAAUGCCACCGCCCAGCACAUCUCUCCACCGUCCUGUGUGUCCUCAUUUGGGGUCUGUUUGUCAGUUUUUCGGUAGUGAAAUUUGUGUGCGAGUACCUUGCAGUUAAAAAUGUUUACAUAAUGAGGAGACUGUAUGAUACACUGUCCCUUCUUACUUUCCCGGUGCUCAUCGUGUCCAGUGGGAUUCUUCUACUUCGAUUCCAGUCCUUCUCCAGGCGAAGACAGUCCACCAAGCUCUACAUCACCAUUCUGCUCAAUGUCCUAGCCUUCCUGCUGCUCAAUGUGCCGAGAGGGAUCUAUGUGACCUGCAUAUGGACAACAUCCUAUGAUCUUAAUAUAUGGUCCUUCCUGAUCCUCCUCUGUGUUGUGAACAGCACAGUCAACCCAUUCAUCUACUUUUUUGUUGGACAGUAUGGGAAAGAGCAGGGUUGGAAGUCACUCCGGGAAGUGCUCCAAAGUGCUCUGACAGAUGACGAAUCGGUGAUUGACCAGAGAAGAGGAAACAGCAUUCCUAGAUAG